AUGUCUGGCGAUACCUUCCUCGCUCGCCUUUGCGAGCAGGCCGAGCGCUACGAUGAGAUGGUUGGCUACAUGAAGGAGGUCGCCAAGCUGGGCGGUGAGCUGAGCGUCGAUGAGCGCAACCUCCUCAGCGUUGCCUACAAGAACGUCGUCGGUACCCGCCGCGCCUCCUGGCGCAUCAUCUCCUCCAUUGAGCAGAAGGAGGAGAGCAAGGGCACCGACAAGCACGUCGGCACCAUCCGCGAGUACCGCACCAAGAUCGAGCUCGAGCUCGAGCAGGUCUGCCAGGAUGUCCUCGAUGUCCUCGACGACAGCCUUAUCCCCAACGCCCAGACCGGCGAGUCCAAGGUCUUCUACCACAAGAUGAAGGGUGACUACCACCGCUACCUCGCUGAGUUCGCCUCUGGCGAGAAGCGCAAGGGUGCCGCCACUGCCGCCCACGAUGCCUACAAGAGCGCUACCGAUGUCGCUCAGACCGAGCUGACCCCCACUCACCCCAUCCGCCUUGGCCUGGCCCUCAACUUCUCCGUCUUCUACUACGAGAUCCUGAACUCGCCCGACCGUGCUUGCCACCUCGCCAAGCAGGCCUUCGACGAUGCUAUCGCCGAGCUCGACUCUCUCUCUGAGGAGUCUUACCGCGACAGCACCCUCAUCAUGCAGCUCCUGCGUGACAACCUCACUCUCUGGACCUCUUCCGACAGCGGCGAUGCUGAGGGUGCUGCUGCUGGCACCACCGAGGCUGCUGAGAAGAAGGAGGAGCCCAAGGCCGAGGAGCCCAAGGCCACCGAGGAGACCCCCGCUGCCUCCUAA